CAAAAAAAAAAAAAAAAGGCAACAUGAAAUUUUUGAUCCUUUGCGCUCUAUUUGCUGCAGCUGUUGCUGCUCCUGGUCAUUUGUUUGCUGAUGGCCACGAUGGAGGUUUCGCUUAUGCAGCUCCUGCUGUCAGCUACGCUGCAGCUGCGCCGGCUGUUGUUAAGACCGUAGCCGCCGCUCCAGCAGUUACCUAUGCUGCCGCUCCUGCGGUAACAUAUGCUGCUGCGGCUCCAACUGUUGUAAAAACCGUAGCUGCAGCUCCAGCGGUAGCCGUUAAGGCUGUUGCUGCUCCAGCCGCUACUAGUUACUCAAGUUUCCAAUCGGUUGUCUCACAUCCGACUGCUGUGAAAUAUGCAGUUGCUGCCGCCCCCGCUGUAGCUGCUGCACCUGCUGUCGUUAAAUACGCUGCUCCGGCUGUCACAUACGCUGCUGCCGCACCUGCUGUCGUUAAAUAUGCCGCCCCGGCCGUCACAUAUGCUGCUGCCGCCCCAGCUGUCACAUACGCUGCUGCCGCACCUGCGGUUUCAUAUCAUGCCGCACCUGCUGUUUCAUAUCAUUCCGCACCGGCUGUCACUUAUGCUGCUGCUCCAGCUGUCGCUUACUCGUAUGGCGGAUAUGUCAGUACCGAUCAAGAUCGCAUUUUCAAUCAUACGAAUCCUUUAAGAGUCGCCUUACAAGGACAUCCGAUCCUGCUCAGCUUUAUUGCUGCAACUACUGCAGCUCCUGGCCAUUUAUUCGGCGGCGGCUAUGGCGGUUAUGGCGGCUUCGGCGGUGGCUACGGUGGAGGAGGCAUUGCCAUUGCUGCCCCGGCUGUAAGUUAUGCUGCUCCUUCUGUUAGUUAUGCUGCUCCCGCUGUUAGUUAUGCUGCACCGGCUGUCAGUUAUGCUGCACCCGCUGUUAGUUACGCUGCUCCAGCAAUUAAAGUAGCUGCAGCUCCAGCUGUGACAUAUGCGGCAGCUCCGGCUGUAUCGUAUGCCGCACCUGCCAUUAGUUAUGCCGCCGCAGCUCCUGUUGUAAAAGCGGUCGCUGCCCCGGCGGUAGCUGCUGCCCCCGUAGCUGUUAAGGCCGUUGCCGCUGCUCCUGUCGCCACAAGUUACACUACUUUCCAAUCGGUCAUUUCUAGUCCAGCUUCCGUUCGUUAUGUUGCCGCUGCUCCCGCAAUUGCAGCAGCUCCGGCUGUUAGCGUAGCUGCAGCUCCAGUAGCUGUGGCAGCCCCUGCCCCAGCUGUAAGUGUAGCAGCCGCACCUGCCGUUUCGUAUGCUCCGGCCGUUUCCUACGCUGCUCCUGCCGUCUCUUAUGCUGCUGCUCCUGCUGUAACAUACGCUGCUGCUCCCGCUAUAUCUCUGGGUGGCAUAGGUUAUGGUGGUUUAGGUUAUGGUGGUUUAGGUUAUGGUGGUGGCUACGGUUACGGAGGCUACGGUGGCUAUGGCUUCGGUAAGCAUAAAUAAGGAUCUCCGCCGCUUAUUUAAAAUGAAUCCAAACGUUCCGCUUCGCGUUGCCUGCGUAAAAUGCCUACGAAUUUAGUCGUUUAGUCCGUAGUUAUUAAGUUUAAUAAAUUUUCUCUUUGUUUUCUUUGUAUAAAGCAAUUAAAAGAACAGCAAGUAUCACGCACACACAAAAACACAAGUACAGACUGCAUG